GCGGUACGGUGGAUUUGAUGGUGAAGAGUUCCAAGUGCGCAGCAAUGAUGGACACUGGGCAGAGAUGAACAUUAUUCGGGAGGCGGACGCGAUCAGAUUCGGGCUGAAUAUAGACCGUUCUGACUGCGGUAUUCUGCAUGGAGCCAGCUGUAAGGCCACGUUUUGCAGGAUAACCUCAAAUGUGCUCGUCGAGGUUGGAAAGGUGAAGGCCAGGGCAUGCUUUGUCAUAAUGCCGGACGUGGACCAUGAAAUCCUCCUAGGAAGGUCAUUCCUAAGCAGGACAGAGACCGUGAUGUUCCACAAACAUGAUGGGAUGUUGAUCCUCCUCUUAUGCUAUCCUGCCUGCGGGAAUUAUGAAAUAAUUACUUGUAGGAACACCGGGCCAAGGAGUAUAAGGAACCGGUUUAAUCCAGGAUCAUUCACAAUCGAGGAGUCGGAAGGGGAGCGCAGGAGGCUCUGGGCAGAGCCCGAAGCAGGAGAGAGGGUGGAAGCAUUUUCCCUCAGUCUGUCAGAUGUUGGGAAGGCCAUGGACUUGGUGGCCACGCAUGAGAUGGCAGAUCCGGAUGCCAUCCACGCUUUGAGGGAACAAGUUCUGGAAUGCCUUGAGGCAGGAAGGUUGGAAUUGGUAUAUCGGCUCCCAGGCAGCAGAGGAAACCCCGCAUCAGCGCAAACACAAUCCGAUUUGCAAAGGCUGAAUGCAGUGACCGUGCGAGAUGCUAGAGGACUGCCGGAUGCAGACGCGCUGUCGAAAUCCUGUGCUGGAAGGCCUAUAAUUUUGCUUAUAGACCUUUACUUAGGAUACGAUCAGUUCCCAGUCUACCCGCCGGAUAGGCCGGUGACAGCUAUGCACACGCUGCGAGGAUUAGUCCACAUGAACGUGACCCCACAAGGGUGGACCAACGUAGUAGCAAUGGUCCAACGGGCCAUAAUUCGGGACAUGCAGUCAGUCAGCCCCCCUAUCACACAGCCAUACAUUGACGAUUUGGCAGUGAAGGGGCCGGCGAUGAAAGAGAGCGAUGAAGUCUCACCAGGGGUAAGACGCUUUGUGUGGAAACACAUCCAGGACCUCGAAAAGGUCUUGAGCGUGCUCGAAGAGCAUAACCUCAUGGCAAGCGGGGUCAAAUCCAGACACUGUAUGAGGGAAGCGACUAUCUUGGGGAUCGUCUGCAAUGAGAAGGGCCGAAGGCCGGAUGUGAAGAAGACGGACAAGAUUACUGAGUCUGACUUUACGAAGAUAGCCAUGGCAAGAGGAGGGAGGGGGACACGGCCGCCUCGGAGGCCGUUAGGAGCAUCAGGAGGAUAUGAGCGACAUGGGCCUCGCCAUCGAGAGAGUACUCCAAUAUACGAUGAUGGGGACAUCGAGCUAUUCCUGGACAGCUUUUGGGAUCAUGCGAGGCGUAUGGGCUGGACCGUGGCCCAAGCAAUCGAGGGACUAAGGGGAGUCGGCAGAUUCGAGGAGCCCGUCGCGCGGAUCCGUAGAGAGGCAACGACGAGAUCAGAGGUGGAGUGGAGGAUGCAGGAACUGCGACCCUCGCCUGUAGGACCAGAUGGCAGGCCGAUCCGUCUAGAGAUCGAAAACGUGGCAGGCUUCAUCCCUGCUUUCGAGUGGUUCAUGCAGGGGCAGGGGAAGGAAGUGAUAGAGGUUGGAGAGGACACACCCCCACAGGCGCCAGCAAUGGGUUUGAGACUCGGGGAUGCACCAGGGAGCGCUCGUGAGGCAGAGGAGAGUUUGCAGAGAGAGGAGGCCCCACUUCCUUCAUCAGAUAGGGCUCCAUCGCCAGAGGGAAGAGCCGGCAGGAGGAGAGAAAGGGCAGCUGUAAGGAGGGAAGCCUUGACCCUGAUUGAUAGGCACCUAGCAGCUUAUGCCCUGGAGCAUCCAGACCUGGAGGAGCCAGCACCUGCUGAGCUGCGCCGGGAGCCGUGCCAACCUGAGAAGGAGAUGGAAGCAGAAAUCCCGAAGAGGGUCGACCUCCGCACGAGGGAAAGGACGCCAACUGGAGAGACGGCUGAAGAAAAGAGGGCGAGAAGAACUAGACAGAUAGAUGAGAUAUGGCAGGAGAGGCAGAGGUUGGAGGCAGCGGGGGAGCUCCCGGAGCAGCAACAGGAGAGGCAGAGAUCGAAGGCAGCAGAAGCACUCCCAGGUCAUCCACCCAGCGCGCCAGCUAGGGCCCCGGAGAUUCCGAAGAUGUGGAGAGACUUUUGGGAGCAGAGAGGAGAGGAAUUUCCAUCGCCAGUCAGAGUCGGGUUUGGGGUGGCCAGGAAGGCGGAAGAGAGGUUAGAUCGUAAAAUCAAGUUCCUGACCAAGACCACUUUUGACCGGCACUUGUUAUUGGAGGGCCAUCUGACAGGGAAGAAGAUGAAGGAAGCAAGCCAUGGAGUACGCCUGGAGGCUAUGGAGAUGGAAAUUCAGGAACUCAGGGCCUUGGUGGCCAGCCAGGCAGCUAUCAUCGAGAGCCUGAGGCAGCAAACCCAGGGAAGGGUGGACAGGCCAGAGAGCAGCAGGCAGGGAGAGCAGAGGCAGCCAGGACAGGGAUUGCCAGGACAGCCAUCUGCAGUAGAGCCUCGCCAGGAGCCACCUAUGGGGAGAGUUAUCCUGGAGCCAGAGGAGGCGAGAGCCCGGAGACAGGCAGAGAGAGAGGCGUUCGAGUUUAGAGCCCCUACUAAGCUCGCAACGCUGCCAGUGGCGGCGGCAGACCCAAUCGUACCUUUGGCAGUAGAGGAGGGGCUACCACCAUCUAGCAGUGAGCCGGCUCAGGGCUUAGCAGAGGGAUCCAUGGGCGUGCUCCUUGAGGCGGUGCAUACUAUGCAGGAGGAGGUGAGUUUGUUUUCACCUGAGCAGAGGAUAGAGGAGCCUCUUGAGAGAGAGAUAGGGAUUGAGGCGGAGAGUGCCAUCGAAAGUAGGCUCCAGAGGAUGGGCACACCUGAGUAUGGACCAGAGGAGAUUGAGGAGCAGCCCAUGGCAGUGCCAGGAGAGACACUCGAGAGGAGACCUCAGAGGUUGGACACGCCUGAGUACGUCCCAACGACAGGGGAUUUGAGGAGCAGACUGGGAUCUUGGGCUACUGGAUCUGGGUCUGGGGGACCGGUUUCCUGGGAUAGAGCAGCAGGAGGUCGUUAGUACCGCAACUCCUCGAUCAG